AUGGCUGAUGAUGAAGCUGUGCAGUAUGCAUUAGAGCAAGCUGGUAUUUCAGAAAUGAAGCUGAAAGAAGAGCAAAUUGCUACUAUUAGUAUGAUUUUGAAAGGAAGAGAUGUGUUUGUUUGGCUUCCAACUGGAUUUGGAAAGUCAGUUUGUUUUGAAACCCUGCCAUUCAUAUUUGACUAUAAAUUGGGCAGAAUUGGUACCCAAGCCUGUUCUCUUGUCAUUGUCCUGUCUCCUCUUAUUGCCCUUAUUGUUAAUCAAGUGACUAAUUUGAGGCAAUGUGGUAUAAAAGCUGCCAUCAUGUCUAGUAGUUCUAGAAUUAGUUCAACACUUCAGGCUAUAGAAGAUGAUUUACGAUAUUACAAUAUAGUAUAUGCUAUUCCCGAGGCCAUUUUGAAACAAAGGUGGAGGGAUGUCAUUGAGACGCCAGAAAUGGCUAAGAGAAUUGUAGCCAAUGUAGUUGAUGAAGCACAUUGUGUUUCAAAAUGGAGUAAGGAUUUUCGGACUACUUAUGGAAAGAUACACGAGAUAUGGGCUCUUGUGCCACAACAUGUCCCAUUUAUGGCUUAUACAUCUACAGCAACCAAGAGCGUUCGUGACGAUGUGGCCAAAUAUUUUUUUGCUGUGAAACCUCGUACUGAGAUAGAGCUUGAUCUCUCAUCAUUAAUCAAUUCUCUAAGAAUUGAUAAGAACAAUGCAGCACGUGUCAUUGUGUAUUGUCCUUCACUGAAUAUGUGCUCUGAUCUUUAUGCCACUUUUCACUAUGAGCUUGGAUUUGACUCUUAUUAUCCACCUGGUUCUCAGCAUACAAGCCAGAAUCGUUUGUUUGGAAUGUAUCAUUCUAACACCCCACAGUAUAAUAAAGAUGUUGUACUUAAGAGCAUGGAGGAACUAGAAGGUGUUGUUCGAAUUGUUUUUGCCACUGGGCUCCUAGAAGUAUUGAUGACUGCUUUCAAGAAAGUGGAAGAGGAGGUAGAACUGGAUGUAAAGUAG